CCCGCGGCAGCUGAUGCGCGCCGGGCUGGCUAGGAGGCGGGAGCCCGAGACCCUGCGACCCCGAGCCGCGGAACGCUGCGGGCCGGGCCCCUGAGGAGGCCCCAGGAGAGGCAUCUUCCCGGCGAGAGGAGCCCGGCGCGGGGGCCACCCUGGCCGCAGCGAGUGGGAAGGAGGACGAGGAGGAGCGGCGCUGCCUGCCGCCUGAGAGGAAGCGCUCCACCCGGGCCCCCGACGGCGCUCCUUGAACCACAUCCGCGCCUCCGCCGGCAACGCUUACAGGCGCCUGUCACCGGUUCCCUCCAUUUUGAAAAGGAAAAAAGGCUCUCCCCAUUCCCCUACCCCUAGGAACUGGAGCCCGAGGAUCCGUGCUCAUGGCCUUCAGCCCUUGGCAGAUCCUGUCCCCCGUGCAGUGGGCGAAAUGGACGUGGUCUGCGGUGCGCGGCGGGGCCGCCGGAGAGGACGAGGCCGGAGGGCCCGAGGGCGACCCCGAGGAGGAGGACUCGCAAGCCGAGACCAAAUCCUUGAGUUUCAGCUCGGAUUCUGAAGGUAAUUUUGAGACCCCUGAAGCUGAAACUCCAAUCAGAUCACCCCUCAAGGAAUCCUGUGAUUCAUCACUAGGGUUGUCUGGAUCUGGGACCAAAACCCAAGAAUCACAAGAAGCUGAUGAACACCUGGUAGCAGAAGUGGUUAAAAAAUGUUCAUCUGAGACUGGUUUUAGAUCUUCAGCAAAUGAAGAGCCACACCUGACCAUUGAUUCUCACUCAGUCAAGGAUGUCAAAGAAGAACCUCAACAUGAUGUUAGCAAAAUUUCAGUAGUGAGACCAUUUUCAAUAGAAACCAAGAAUUCCAUAGAUAUCUCUGCAGCUCUUGGAACAAAAGCAGCCCAUGGCUGUGUAACCUUAGUCUCAGGUGAGGCUUUGCCCUCCUGUGCUCCAGAAGCCACCCAGGACAAGGCAAUGACAGAUGGCAGCAUGGGGGUUACACUUGAUGCUUCUGCAGAGUCUGAUUUGAAAGCUGAAAGCUCUUGUUCAGAGCCUGUGGCCAGCAGAAGCAAGCUGAGAAAGCCGAAACCUAUCUCCCUAAGGAAGAAAAUAACUGGGGGAGCGUUCUCAGAAACAGAAACUGUCAUGGAAGGCGCAAAUCUCACCAAGGCACCAUUCAAUCCCAAUGAAUUGGAUAAGAGCACACAUCCUUCUUUGCUAGGAGAUGCUGGAAGCCAGAAAUCUCUCCCUGACGUUAACGAAACUUCAGGCACUCUCAAUAGUGACACCAAUGACUCCAAGGUUGAGUUGCAGGAAGAGUCAAGGAGUUCAUCUCUCAAUCUUGAAUUUGAUUUCACAGAAGACAUGGAGAAUGUAGAGGCCAGGAAAGGCCUUCCAAGGAAACUUGGCAGGAAACCGGGUAACAGACUGACUCCCAAGAUACCAAAAGAUGGCCUCAGUGAGCCAGUAGGUGUAGAGCAGCCUGCAGACCCAGCAGCCAGAGACGCCCCUCUCUCCCAAGUGUCUUCUAAGCUAGACCUUAGUCAGUGGGAUCACCCCAGUUUUAAUCCCUUUGGGAGCCACUCCAUUCUACAGAACUCCCCACCCCUCUCCUCUAAGGGCUCCUACCACUUUGACCCAGAUAACUUUGAUGAAUCCACGGAUCCCUUUAAACCAACUACGACUUUAACAAACAGCGACUUUUGUUCCACCACUGGUAAUCAUGUUAAUGACAUCUUAGAGUCACCCAAGAAGGCAAAGUCGCGUUUAAUAACGACUACUGAGCAAGUGAAAUUUCUCUGUUUUCUGUUGAGUGGCUGUAAGGUGAAGAAAUACGAAACUCAGUCUCUUGCUUUGGAUACUUGUUCUCAGGAUGAAGGAGCAGUGAUCUCCCAGAUUUCAGACAUUUCCAAUAGGGAUGGCCAUGCUACUGAUGAGGAGAAACUGGCAUCCACAUCAUGUGGUCAGAAAUCAGCUGGGGCCGAGGUGAAAGGUGAGCCAGAGGAAGACGUGGAGUACUUUGAAUGUUCCAAUGUUCCUGUGUCUACCAUAAAUCAUGCGUUUUCAUCCUCAGAAGCAGGUGUAGAGAAAGAAUCGUGUCAGAAGAUGGACAAAGACGGAUCUACUGUACUUGGAUUGUUCGAAUCCUCUAUGGAGAAGGCUCCUGUGUCUGUGGCCUGCGGAGGUGAGAGCCCCCUGGAUGGAAUCUGCCUCAGCGAAUCAGAUAAGACAGCUGUGCUCACCUUGAUAAGAGAAGAGAUAAUCACUAAAGAGAUUGAAGCCAGUGAGUGGAAGAAGAAAUAUGAAGAGACCCGACAAGAAGUUUUGGAGAUGAGGAAAAUUGUGGCUGAAUAUGAAAAGACCAUUGCCCAAAUGAUUGAAGAUGAACAAAGGACAAACAUGACCUCUCAGAAGAGCUUCCAGCAACUUACCAUGGAGAAGGAGCAGGCCCUGGCUGACCUCAACUCUGUGGAGCGAUCCCUUUCUGAUCUCUUCAGGAGAUAUGAGAACCUGAAAGGCGUACUGGAAGGGUUCAAGAAGAAUGAAGAAGCCUUGAAAAAAUGUGCUCAGGAUUACUUAGCCAGAGUUAAACAAGAGGAACAGCGGUAUCAGGCCCUGAAAAUCCAUGCAGAAGAAAAACUAGACAAAGCCAAUGAAGAGAUUGCUCAGGUUCGCACAAAGGCAAAGGCUGAAAGCGCAGCUCUGCAUGCUGGACUCCGGAAAGAGCAGAUGAAGGUGGAAUCCCUGGAAAGAGCCCUGCAGCAGAAGAACCAAGAAAUUGAAGAACUGACAAAAAUCUGUGACGAGCUGAUUGCAAAGCUGGGAAAGACUGACUGAGAUUCCUCUCUUCACGUAGCAGAUCUGCACUCCAAUGCUUCUGUCAUGACCACAAGUAUCUUGCCUUAUCUAGGAAUAAUCGUACCUUUGCAGAGAAAAAAAAAAUUAAAAAAAAAAAAAAAAGCACAGACCCACCGCUGCCUGUCCUGCUUAGUUGCCAGUACAGCAGCCCUGGAAGGAGCCCUGGAGGUUAGCCCAGUCAGGAAGGAGUGUGAUCUGCCAGUGCUGGAAUCCUUUUCUGCUCCCCAGCAUCAGGUUCAGUUAGGGAGGCUGUAGAGCCUGGUUUUCUCUUAGUUGGUCUUAAAGUCAUCUUUCCUUCUCCCAAGUUUGUAAUUUGUGAUUUUGUGGCUACCAUUUGGGGUUAUCUCCUCUACCACCUGUCUGAUAUUUUUAUGACCUUAUAAUCUUUUAAUUUUCAGUAUCACUGGUUUUAUUGAAGGAGAUGAUCUGGCCUUUUGUUAUUUACAGUUUAUAAACAAGAAGGGGCUUUGAGUAUCCUUGUUAUAUACAUUAUCCCUCACACAUCUCUAUCUAUACAUGCUGCUGCUUUGUCCCUACAGCACAUAGAAGAACAUACAUCUAUAAAUGUAAAACCCUGUUUUGAAACAGCCCUGUUUCCAAAUGCUAACUUACAAAUUUGGGUAUCAAGUACAGUGACACAUGCCUGUACUCCAGCUACUCAGGAGGCUGAGACUAGAGGGUCAGUUGAGCCCAGAAGCACUGUCUUCUCCUGACCCCGCCCCCCAAAAAAAGAAAAGGAAAGAAAGAAACUGGGGGGCAUCCAAGAUGUGAAGGCCAUAGACAUGAGUUUCACAUCUAGGGAACACUUUCUGCCUCGCUGUUUCAUUGCGUUGGUAUUUAGACACCCCUGCAUAUUGAUGAGGACAGCCCUUUGGCACUGAGUCCUCCUACUGAAAGUGGUGUCUGCUUUCUGCAUGAACAUCGGUGCAGAAAUCCCUCAAAGCUGGGGUUUGUGAAAUCUGCCCUAGAGUCAUUUAGCCUUCUGCUUCCUUUUAUUGAUGCAAAACCAACAUCUCACCUUUGUUAUCUCUGAAAUAUUCAAAGAAAAAUCUAUUUGUGAAAGCUUAGAUGGUCUUAAUUAAAAAGUGACUAUAGCCCUGUUAUCAAUUACAAGGCAAAGGAAGAGUAAUCUCUUUGUCUUUACAAGUGUGGUACAUUGUUCUUUGGAUAUUUAAAAAAGAAAAAAUCCUUUCAUACUUAAGAUAGAGUUUUUAACAAAGCAGGCAGUAAAAAUAAUAUGUGACCCAUUCCAAAGAUUAGCACAUAUGUUUGAACAAAACAGUCUGAACACUAGGGAAGGAGGUACAGGGAGAAGGUCCAUACAGACAAAACCAAGUUCCUCCAGCUAUUGCUGGACACAGUUCAGAGUGGUGGGACAUUAACCCCAAAAUGGAAAUUUCCCACGAAUCCCCUUUCACUUGAUAGGCAAAACCCAUGCAAGUGUUAUAAAGCACUCUUUUGUCUUAAUCUUACACCCUGAAAGUGGUGAUAUGCACUAUGUUCAGUACAUGUCCGUUUUCCUACUUCUCUUGUAAAACUGUUGCAUGAGCCAGCUUCAACAGUGAAUUGUGCCUCGUGGAGAACCUCUAUAGAUCUUUAAAAAAAAAAAAAAGUGUUUCUUUAGCAGUGUAUUGCUCAUGUGGGUGCAAUCUUUAGCCCCAGGGAAGUUGAUAAUGUCUUUUAAAACCAGAGUCAUGUUUUACCAAUAUGCAUUUAUCAUAAUUGGUGCUUAGGCUAUAUUUCAAAGCCUAUUGUCUUAACAUUUUGUACAAAACAAAACAAAACAAAUUAUUUGUGGUUGGAGAAGUGGCUUGACAAUCAUUUGGGCUUUGAAAGUAGUGACUGUGGUUUAAUGUGAAUGCUGUACCAGGAGUCACAGUAUUGGGUACAAGUGUCUCCUGUGGUAUGACCACUUUUUUCUCUAGUCCUCUACUAUGAGGGGAGUUGAUUUUGCAUUUUGCAGAAAGAAACAGUGCAAACCCUUUACUGCUGUGUUUUGCUGACAUUCAUGUUUACUUGUUUUAAAUUGAUCUGUUUUAAGUAUGAAAAGCUUAUAGUAGUCUCCAUUAUAAAUCCAUAGUCAUUUUUUUUUCUUUUUAAAAUAUUUUUGCAGUGCUGGGGAUUGAACCCAGAGCCUCACAUAUCCUAGGCAAGUGCCCUACUGCCAAGCUACAUUCCCAGCACUAUAAUCAUCUGUUUAAGCUAUUAUGUAUUUUAAAAGCACACUCUGUUGUGUUAAAACAGAGGUAACGACAUUCCUUCCCUAGCACACUAGUAGAAAAAAAUUCUUGAAAACUGGACCCCAGUGAAUGAAGGUGCUGUAUGAAAGAGCCCUUGCUAAAUAAUAUUUGUCACUGACCUCAGUCAUGACCAUUACAAGGAAAUGGCUGCCAUUCUAUAAUAGAUGGAUACUCUCAAACAAGACUCAAAAUAUAUCAUUACAACUGGCAGAUGAAGAGAAUAUACUAGACAGAGUGAAGUAUAUUUAUUUUUCUUUAAACAUAAGCCAAAAAUUAAAAAAAAAAAAACCGUCUAGAACUCUGAAGAGCAAGAAUAUACUCUAGAAUUUGCUUCGGCAUGUAUGAGGACCAAAUUACUUGUUAGACAGUCAAUUUUAAAAACUGGGUUAUGAAAGCGAAAGGGGGAAAUGGAAGUUAGCUUCUGGCUUAGGUUUGGGAAUAUUAAGUGAUCUUGCUGAGACUGAAUCCAGAGCCAUUUCUUCAGUUUCUGACUUUGCCAAAGUGUAGAUAACUUUUAUCUAGCAGUAUUUUGGGAAAAAAAAUGGACUGAAUGGUUUACUGUGUAGUCUAGAUAGUUGGUCACAUCAGACCUCCCGGGAUUUACUCUAGUUAGGUGAGCUACUUGAAGAUGGUGAUUUCCCUAAACCUUUUUUGUUCUGUAAAACUGCUCUGGAAAUCUUGAAAGGCCCCGUGUUCUCACGUGGUUUCUAGCUUCUUCAUAUGCAGCCCAAAUUAGGAAGUGCAGAAACAUAUGACAGUGAAAAACAGGAUUCAGCAGACUUCCAGAAGUUAUGGGAUCUGAGGGGAGAUUCGCCUGUAGUUCUGGAGAAUAGCUCAAGUUAAAUCUUCUUUCCAGCCAAUGGCUCUUCCUACUUAUCCACACUUGGUACAACCCCCCGGCACAUACUUAGAUAUCUUUUAAAUAGCCCUGAAUUAGUUCUAAUUAUAAAUAGGGAGAAUAAACUGCCCCAAAUGUUCUUAAACUGAGCAGCCAAGUUAAAGCACUCACCCUCAGAAAAGGUAAAAGAAAAUAUGGCAGCUCUGUGCCUCAUGAAAGGGUUGGGGGAUUUUUGUUUGUUUGUUUGUGUGUGUGUUUGCUUGCUUCAGGUUUUUUUUUAAGAAUAAGCAUUGGUACACUGGGUUGGAAGUGACUCAGCAUAUCCUUUUUUAUUGUAGUAAGCAUUCUGAAGCACCCCCUUUUUACUUCCUUUUGGUUUUUCAUUACAGUUGGUAGCCAUCUCAUUAACUGUUUAUGACUGUUGUCUCCUUGUGGUUGUAUAACUGUGUGAGCUUGCUCACAGACUUUUUUAUCCUGUUUUUAGGAAGAGAGAAAAACCAGGUCUUGAAAGAUUAAAAUGACUCAAGCAAGGGAUUUUAAAAUAAAGCUGUAUAUAUUCUGAAGAAUUUUAAAAGCUAACAAAUUAUUAUUUGCUUAUUGAAGAACAAAUAUAGUCUGGGAAUCCCAGAAUGUCAAGCCAAAGCUUAGUCUAAAAAGUCAUCAUCUUUCAAAGAUUUUAAUAAAGAAUUUUUUUGAGGAGACCUCUGUCCAAAAUGGUUUGACUGGCCUCUAGAUUCCAGUUAUUUAUUUUUUUAAAAUAAUGUACGGGCUGGGGAUGAGCUCAGUGGUAGAGUGCUUGCCUACUAACUCUAGUGGUAGAGUUCCAGCCCCAGCCCUGGGGGCAGGGGUGGAGGAGAACAAACUGCCUCUCAAUCCUUGAGUCUCCUAUACAGGAAAAGUGAAAAGAGUUGAUAUAAUAGACUCUUUUCUCCAAGGAUCUCCUCUAGAAGGUCAUAUAUCCAGCAGCAUUCUCCAGUGAAGACCCACUCCCCAGCACCAAACUUGAAUCUGGAGACUAAAGAUUGCACUUUCGUAGUUUUUUGUCCAAAUGCAAUCCCAUUUCUGUGCCUCUUAGCAUGCAGUUAGAUUUGGACAAACAAGAUUCCUAAGGAAUGACUUUAUUAACUAUAAUAUGGUUACAGCUAUUAUAUAAAUAUAUAUAUAUAUUCUGGUUAUAGUUCUAAUAUGGAGAUAUUGUGUGUGAUGCUGGCCUGUGGCAGUCUGUAUAAUGCUUCAACUUGUACAGAGGAGGCCAGGCUUGAAGCUGAGGUGUGGCCUGAACCUUCCCUGUGUCGACUUUUUACUUUCCAACUGUCAGGAUACCACUUUCUCCCUCCCUCUGCCUUUUUUAGUGGUAUCUGGAAUAUACUCCAAAGAGUAUUUCCUAGUCACAUCAUUAAUUGAUACUCUAUAUUUAUGAAUAACUUUCAAAUGGACAUAAAAAAUUUGAACUCUGAAGCCACGCCCAGUACAGAUACAGGGCAGUGUGUAGGUUACCACACCCGAAGCCUCAGCCUCAGCCUGGGUCCUUCUCAGCUACUGGGACAGGAUCCAGGCUUUUUUUAAACCUCAGAGGUAGCAGUAAACUUUUUAGUAUUGCUGUUAGCAAGUGUGUGUUUGCCAAUAGAUAUCCAUUGUACUAAUGUGCCAACAAGUAAAUGUUUAUUGCACAUCUGCUUCCACUGUGUCCCCAUGGGCUCCCCGAAGAGUGUGAGGGGCCCCUCACCUGCAAGGGUGAGUGCUGCAUUGACUACUGCUAUCAGGAUUGUGUUGUGUGGAAUAAUCAUCUGCAUAAAUUUUAUAUACAUAGUAAUUUCCCUUUUUAUAUGUCAGGUAAAUAUUUGUAAAAGUUAUACUCACACAAAUGAAAUUAUUAUAAUGAUUACUAAUAUAUUUUUUCCAUGUUUCAUUGCCUGAAUAAAAACUGUUUAUCACUGUUA